GGUCUGCCAACACCGCUCCCCAAACCGGCCAGAGGUCUGCCAACACCGCUCCCCAAACCGGCCAGAGGUCUGCCAACACCGCUCCCCAAACCGGCCAGAGGUCCGCCUGAAGAGCUGGCACUGGGCGGGGCUGUUGGCGGAGUGCCCGCAGUGGGUGAAGACUACGUGCCCACCGGUGCGACACCAAAGCUACGAGAAAGUCAAAAGCCAUGGCCGCAGUUGAGAAGUCGCUACGAGUUCGCGGCCGACACCUACCAGAGCGCGCGUACGGGCAAUACGACGUCCGGUGAGCUAAACGUGAGCAGCGAUGAGUGGCCGGCCGGCGUCUUAAAAGGUCUGCCAGUGGCCCAACUCCAGGCUAAGACUAAACGGGAUUUGCGGAAACUAAAGGGUAAGGGCUUUGACGUGGCCUACAUCGCCAAAAAGUCACUUGGCCGGGGUGCGUUUGGCCAGGUGUUCAGCGGCGGUUAUACCAAUCAGAUCGAGGUGACAAAGCGCACCGAACAGGGUCGCUACCUGAGCGAUGUCAAGUCGGGCGACCGGUUCGCGGCCAAGUAUGUCCAGUUCCCGCCCACUAGUGAGGCCAGCGAUCAUCUCAACUAUUUCAUCGAGAAAUGUAUAUUGAAAUCACUGCAACACAAAAACAUUGUCGCCUACAGAGUGGCCAUCAAUUUGGGCCGAAAAGUGAUACUUCGCAGCGUAUCGGGUGACCCGUCGCAGGACAUUGUCUCCUAUAAGCGAUCGUUUGUGGUCAUGGAGUGCGCCGACCAAGGUACUCUCAAACAGUUUUGCGUCGCUGGCCGUCUCACCGAUCAGUUGACGGUGCAAUUUACCCGGGAAUUGUGCACCGCCAUGGCUUAUAUGCACGGCAAAGGGGUCAGUCACGGCGACGUUCACGCCGGGAACAUGCUGGUGUUCAGCGCACCCGGCGGUGGGUAUAGCGCCAAAUGGUCCGAC